GUGCUUAAAGACGGUUAGAGAAGCAAGUAAACAAAAUGGAGUCUUUGUGCUACCACACCAUGGAAACAAAGAAGAUAGUGGUAGUGGUGGAGGAUGUAGACACAGCUCGAACUGCACUCCAAUGGGCUCUCCACAACCUACUUCGUUAUGGAGAUUUGAUUACUCUCCUUCAUGUCUUCCCCUCUUCCAAAUCAAGAAGCAGCAAGAACAAGAAGAAACAGAGGCUCCUCAGAUUGAGAGGCUUUCAAUUAGCUCUUUCCUUCAAAGAUCUCUGCGAUUCUGUUUUUGGGGCAAAGGUGGAGAUUGUGGUGAGGGAAGGUGAUGAAGAGGGCAGGACGAUUGCUUCAUUAGUGAGAGAGAUCAGUGCUUCGGUGUUGGUGGUAGGCCUCCAUGACCAGAGCUUCCUCUACAAGUUGGCUAUGGCCCACGGCAAUGUUACAAGCUACCUGAAUUGCAGGGUUAUUGCUAUUAAGCAGCCAUUACCGAUUACACAAGACAACCACAACCACCCCACAAGUUUGGACUUAACCCAGAUUGAGAUUGCCGGAUUAUGGGUUCCUCCUCUAGCUCCACAAAAGAUUCCAUACCGAAUACUUCCAAACCCUUAUGCCAUAGUUUGGAAAACAAAGAGAGGAAGAAGAAAGGGGAGCAGUUGAAGUGAGGGUGUCUGUCAACCGUUUGAUCUCCUUCCAACGGUGUAGAUGGAAGCAGUCAUCUUUCACAAUAUGUCACUUUGGCUUUUGGGCUGGGCUUGUUGGGCCUUUAACUUUGGCACACGUUAGGCAAGGUUGUCAUGACUUGUGACCUAAUAGAACUGGGUGGGUAUAUAUUGACAUCACAGAGACAUAGAGACACAGAUGGUUUGUGGUUGUCUAAACUUAGGGUUUUCUGUCAGAUCUGUUCAGUCAGUUUCUUUUGAGCUUCUAGAUGUCUAUGCUCACGGCAGGGUUACCCUUUUCUUUUACUUUUCCUUUCUUCUGUUUUUCUUUUCUAUAGUAGGUAAGAUCAGUUGAGUAUGAAGCCACUAUAUAUAGAGAUACAACAUCUUGCUUGUUA